GUUGCGGUUGGCAUCCCUCGAGUCAGAGAAGGAAGAAAUUUUACACGAGUUACGGCAACUCAGAAAGAUGGGACAGGCAGGUGAUCUACCACGUGACUUGGACAAUGAAGAAGUUCUGGAGAAAUUACGAAACUACGACAAAAUGAUGGCCGAUGAUGUGGAACUGAGAACGAGACUGAAAACUGUGGAGUUGGAGCGCGAUCGAAUGUCGCACGAAGUCUCUAAGCUACGAAAGGAACUCGAAGCCUUUGAUCCUGCUUUUUUCGAAGAGAUCGAAGACUUGAAGUACAAUUAUCAAAAGGCUGUUGAAAGGAACGUGCUGUACGAGCGACAGUUAAGGCAGAUGUCUCGACAGUUUGGAGUUGAUGUGAACAUUCCUACGGAAGAUUAAACACUUUCAGAUUCUCCACAUAAAGCAGCGAAAAUUCAACAGCCGAAAAUGCGCUGGAAAAUUUCUCAGAUGAUCAGCGUCUUCUAUGUGAACUUCACAGUGUUCUAAUAACACAUACCAAGGGAACUUGCUAUAGACGCGCUCAUUUUGCGAAGGUCUUCGUAGGCACAGAAAUAUACGCCUGAAAGUGCCACCGCAGCGUUUGAUUUUUUUGAGAAGGCUCGUAAAGAAACGAAUUGCCCUCCUAGAAAAGAUUUGGAGAAAAGUGUGUUAAUGACGCCAUCAGUACGCCUAAUGUCUCAAGACGUACUCAUUUCGUGUCAGUCAAAGGAGUGCAUCGGAACGGACGUGUUCACGAUUGAAACGUAAGCAGUGUAAAAACCUCUUCAUUACAGAAGUAAUACUGUUCAGCGAUUUUUUGAAAAAUGAAAUCGGAAAAAGGAAUAUACUAACGUAUUUUAAGCGAUUUAGAAUAUUUAUAACUAAUUUAUUUCAGACCAUGAUCAUAUUUUUACUGUAUAAAAGUCUGGAUUUGUGAUAAUUAAAUGAACAAGAAUAGGUA